AUGUUUUCAUCGAGUUUAUCAAACAAUUCACCCAAUGUACUUCACGCCAAAGUACACGCCCAGGGCCAAGCAUUUCUACUGGACACUGGUGCGACGGGAAACUUUAUGACUCAAGAUCAGGCAAACGCCUUAGGACUGGACCUAUCUAAAGGACAGCUCACAUCCUUUGCUCUGAAAACUGGAACAGGAUCUGCACAAGUCAGUGCAACUCAGCUAGACGUGCCAAUUACUUUACCUUCGGAUCAUCAAGUUGUUAUUACACCCUUCCUCAUCAGCAAGGAAUUUACACUCGAAAACCCCAUAGUCAGUUUACAAUGGGGAUUAGACCAUCAGAUGUUAACCCUAAACAACGAGAAAUUAUACGGGCCCCUGAACAACGCCAAGGUAGAAGCGCCGCCAAAAGACAACACAUCAACAGUCAAUGAGAUUCAAAAACAGGAAUCAUAG